AUGCUUGGUUGCUGCGCUUCUCGCCCUCAAGCGGGGCAAUCGCCUUACAGACAUGAUCCAACGCUUGCCAACCAAGUAGAUGCAUCGUCGCGACACAUAACGGCCGGCUCUAAUCCCGACUCCGCAUCUUCUCAGCCCGCUACCUCUGGAGCCGCGGUCGCUGCGCCUAAUGUGACUCUCAAAUCGAUACCGCGAUCUGCUCGCGCAAAACUCCCUGCCCCGACGCAGGCUACAUCUUUGCACAACCCCGGGCCUUGGACGCGCGAGCGCCUGGCUCGGGAACGCGAUGACUGGUGGGACACUCGAACCGAGGGAAACAGGCACAUAUGGCAGACCUACCAACAAGCUGUGAAAUUUGCGCAAGAGGGGGACAUUAAGAAUGCGCAAGCACUGAUCGAUGCCGCCGAAUGCACCUGCCCAACGGGUGAGCUGUGGCGGCGCAUAUACGACAAUGUGGGAGUCGAAUACAGCGUCAGUAGAGCUAAAUGGGUCGUUUUGGAACCAGAAGGAAUCGUAUCGGACGAGGAUGCGGCGCGGGAAAUGAAGGAGAGGAGCACCGCUGCGAGGACUGGAUCUACGAAUGACGGAGGAUCUGCAGCGGGCGGCACACCAGACCUGUCCUCCCCUAUUUCGCCAGUGCAGAGCCAAACUUCGACGCCCGGAACCAAUAUGAGAGUCUUCUGCCGUAUGAGUGAUACGAGCAAAGAUAUACUCAUCAAAGCGUUUCCGAAUCCAAGAGUGGUCGACAUAAUUUCUCACUUGCAGCAUAUGGAAGGGUACGCCAACAAGCGUCUGAGGGUGGCCUACUUGGGUCACGAACAUGAUGCCGAUGAACCUCUUUCCAAUUUCUACCGAGAAGGCGAUAGAUUGACAGUUCUGGUUCUACCUCAGAUUUGA